GCCGGAAUUCUAGCAAGAAAGACUUCUGGGAAAUGUCGUUUGAUCUUUGGGUUAUAUUAGCAACUUAUCUGUGUCCUAUAUUUUUUAUCGGUUACAUAAAGCUGUGAUAAAUAAGUGAAAAAGCUUCGUAGGGCUAAGUGUUAGCAACAAAAUGUCGGAAUUCCCGGAUAACAAGGGCUCCCGGGAAUCCUGUGAGUUUUCAUUAACUAAGGCGGUGGAGGACGUCAGCCAGCACAGCUACACCCAGACCGAGACCCUGAGAGAGAAACAGAACACUCUGAAAACCCUGCAGGCGGCUCUGGCUGACAUUGAAAAGAAACGUCCACAUGCGGAGCAGCAGCUGAGGUCCAAGUUGAGAGAAAUCCACCUGCUGGAAGGAGAGAUGGAGCAUCUGGAGAGGCAGAGAGCGCUGCUGCAGGACCGCUGUGCCAGCAUCAACAAGGAGAACAUAAAGCUUCACAUGCUCUUGCAGGACGAGGAGGAGAACGCCCGAUUCACUCUGGAAAAAUUCAGUGCGUACAGGAGAAAGAUGAAAGGCCACAAGGACGCCGUCCUGCAGGCCGUGAGCCAGACGGAGGCCCACAGGGAGCUGACAGAGAACAGGAUGCUGGUCUUGAAGCUGAGGCGGGAGAAGGAACGGCUCAAGGAGGAUCUUCAAAACCCAAACGGGAUAACCCUGCAAACGGCUAAGGAGGAAACUGAUACCCUGAAGAGACAGAUCUCUGAGAGUCAGACAGCCAUCGCUGCUGGAAGAGAGCGACUGAAGAACGAGUUUGAGAUCCAUGCAAAGUUAAAGAGAGAUAUCGAGAUCCAAAACAGGCGCUAUGAAGCCAUCGUCAAGCGGCUGCGCUGCCAGCUCAGCAGAGCUCAGGCCGUACACAGGCAGACUUUGGAUGAAACUUUCCACCUGCAGUCUGAGCUCAAGCAGCAUUCUUCACAGGGUUAAAAAUAUUUAAAGUACAUUAUGUUUGUCUAACCUGGGUUAUUUGUUCUGCUGGAGAAUACAUUUAGGCUACAAAGAUACUUGCAACUUAUAGAACGGUUCGUUUUUGUUCCUUGUGUUGAACAGGUGGGGGCAGCACCCUCCAGUAAAUCUCUAGCUGUGACUGUCAUCUUCUGUGUUCAUGCAAACCGCUGAUGGCAAUUUAAGCUUUGCCGAAUCCAAACGCUAAUCCACCGAGAAAUGAUUAAAUAAAGACACAUUUAUCUGGUGCAAUUUGAUGAAGAAGUCAUUUCUGCAAAAGUAACAAAGCAGCAACACGUCUUGCACUUCACAAAUUAAAUGGCGUCACCAUGAACGGACAUUACGUUGACAUGUUGAAGCA